UUGCACGCAGUAGCAAUCUACUUCUACUCGGGCGCCUCUUGUUCUCUGCACUCCGGCCAUGGCUAAUCACCAAUUCCCAGAGCUUUUCUUGCCGCUGUUACUGAUAACUUUGUCAUUGAUGAGCAAUGAAGUAGCUUUUGCAGCUCGUCAACUUCUUGAGGAGACACCCUCGCCGGCAGUUCCAGAGCUUCCAAAGCCUGAAUUGCCACCUCUACCCACUAUCCCCACAAUCCCUAAACCUGAAUUUCCACCUUUACCCAAGCCUGAGUUGCCCACUCUGCCAAAGCCUGAAUUGCCGCCUGUGCCUGAGGUUCCUAGUCUUCCAAAGCCUGAACUUCCACCACUGCCCAAGGCCGAGUUGCCACCUCUUCCACAUUUUCCGACGUUACCAAAACUACCUCAACUGCCCAAGGACAUACCCAUCCCUUCCCUCUCCCCACCCUCCUAUUCAACCACUAGCCCUUGAUCAGUUCCUUCAUCCAUCCGUGCUGAGAAGCCUACAUUGUGAUCAUGUUUCUUCGUGCAGCUGGUAGGAUAUAUGGUCGGCAUUAGGCUGGCAUUCAACUAUCGGACUAGUACUCAUUCGCCAUUGACACUGUGUUGGGAUGCGAUAUUUCUAUCUAUCUAAUGGUUUACAUAUGAGAUUAGCUGUGUUAGAGUUCAUGAA